AUGCGGGAUCAGCAAAUCCUUUCCAAUCACCUUCCUCACAGCUUCUCAAAAGACAAACGAGGGGGAGCAGAAUCUCCUGAAGAACCUCGUAGAAGAUUGUGUGUGAACCCGACUUCUGAGGCAGAGACUGCGGCGCGGCUUCUCCGUUUCCUCGUGUACGGGGACACUGGGUGGUGGGACACGUGGAAACAGCUGUUUAGGGAGGAGGUUUCCUGUGAGCGCCGACGUCUGGACACAUUUACACCAGCAGAGAGGAAACCAGUACAGAGAGUUUUGCCUGGAGAAACUUCCAAGAUGCUGAUUACCAUGCUGUUGGCUCCCAUCUGUAUGCUACUGAUGCUUGUGGGUCAUGCUGCUGCUGGAGGCUAUCCCCCCAUGACCCACAUGAAGGUCAUUAUGUUGAUAUGCCCCCCAUGAUGAAGGGGGAAACAGGUCCUCAAGGGAAACCUGGACCAAGAGGGCCCCCUGGACCAUCAGGACUUCCGGGAAAACCUGGACUGGGGAAACCAGGUCAACCUGGACAGCCAGGCCCUCAGGGACCUCCUGGGUUUCCUGGAAUUGGUAAGCCUGGGCUUCCAGGUCUCCCAGGAAAGCUUGGACCAAAGGGGAUUCCGGGACUCAAUGGAGAAGUUGGCCCUCGUGGUGAGCCUGGUCCACGCGGACAGCCUGGGCAGCCUGGCCUGCCUGGUCCUGCUGGCUUGUCUCUGAAUGGGAAACCUGGGCUUCCAGGAAUAAGAGGACCCCCUGGAACUCGCGGUGAGCCAGGAAUAAAGGGCAUUGUUGGUCCACCAGGUGAGCGUGGACUUAAAGGUGAGAAUGGAAAUGGAAAACCAGGGCUUCCUGGCAUGAGGGGACCUCCUGGAUUAAAAGGCAGUUCAGGUCAACCAGGUCCUCCAGGUAAUGGAAAACCGGGGCUGAAGGGUUUGCCAGGACUACCUGGUUCUAAAGGUGAUCAAGGACUCCCUGGGAAUCAAGGACAACCAGGGCAGCCUGGAGCACCUGGUCAACAAGGUCUGCCAGGACCAGUUGGCUUAGGAAAGCCUGGUCUUGAUGGACUUCCAGGAUUACCAGGUCCCCUUGGUCCAAAAGGUGAGCCUGGGCCCCGAGGAAAUCCUGGGAAUCCUGGGGCACCUGGCUUUGGGAAACCUGGUAUGAAUGGUCCAAAAGGUGAAAAGGGUCAUGGAGGAUUCCCUGGUGCCCCAGGGGAGAAAGGAGACCAAGGUAUGAUGGGAUCAAAUGGGGAACCAGGUCUCGAUGGACUUCCAGGACCACCAGGACUUCAAGGUCCAAUGGGGCUCCCUGGAAAACAUGGAAUGCCAGGCGUAAAGGGCGAACUAGGGCCCCAGGGCCCCCCUGGACUCCCAGGCCUUAGAGGUGAUCAAGGCCCUCUUGGAGUUCCUGGUAAACCUGGUAUCCCUGGAGAAAAAGGUUUCCCUGGACCUAAUGGUGCUAUAGGAAAACCUGGACCCAAAGGUGAAUCAGGGAAUUCUGGUCCACCAGGGAAUCCAGGAUUGACAGGUUCUCCAGGGCCUAAAGGGGAGCCUGGAUUUUUAGGGACUCCAGGUCCCAGAGGCCAGUCGGGCAUUCCAGGUCUUCAGGGUCCUAUGGGUCCCAUGGGACCACAGGGAGUCCCAGGUUCAAGGGGCGAACCUGGCGUUCCAGGGCCUCCGGGAGUGGGCAAGUUUGGUGAGAAAGGAGCUAUAGGUCCUCAAGGUCCUCCAGGAAAACCAGGCACUGCUGGACUCAAUGGUAACCCUGGUCUACCUGGGCCCCCAGGACCACCUGGUCCUCCAGGAAAUGGCCAAACAGUUGUUGCAGGGCCAACGGAUACAGGGUUGGGUGGGGAAGAAGUACCAGGGGACAGAAAAGGGCCUGCAUUUAGUCAAGUUCCACUCUCUGCCUCUCUGGCACCAGCCUUCACAGCUAUUCUCACCACACCAUUCCCUCCAUCUGGCAUGCCAAUCAAAUUUGAUAGGACCUUGUACAACGGGCAAAAUGCCUACAGCCCUUCUACUGGUAUCUUCACCGCUCCUUUAUCUGGUGUCUACUACUUUGCAUACCACAUGCAUGUAAAGGGAACUAGCCUGUGGGUGGCUUUGUACAAGAACAAUGUACCAGCCACUUAUACCUAUGAUGAAUAUAAGAAAGGCUAUAUGGACCAAGCAUCUGGCAGUGCUGUCCUAGAGCUGAAGGAGGGUGACCAGGUGUGGGUCCAGAUGCCCUCAGAUCAGGCAAAUGGUCUUUAUUCUACCGAGUACAUCCAUUCCUCCUUCUCUGGAUUUCUGCUCUGUCCCACAUAACGCUGUCUUUCCUUUAAACAUGUUCUGUUUUGGCACCUCAGAGAAGCCCCAGACCUAAGAUACUUAGGUAAAGCAAAUUCAAAAUCCAUGAUUUUUUUUUCUAUAGUUUUUAUCACCUUACGUGUAACACCCCCACCAUCAGCGACAGAAAAAAAUAAACUUUGUGAAUGAAAUCUGGAACGUUUAAAUGACAGUGGAAGGAUUUUCAUACUGUGUUUUUGUUUCUAUGUCCUCCAAAUGAGUGUUUUGGGAUGUAUUUUAUGUUGGUGUUUUUUUGGCGUAUAUCAUUUUAAUUAUUAUUGUGUCAUAAUUUUAUUGUUAUUGUUUGAUCCUUCUCAUCAUCAAUGUUGUUGUUUAUUGGAUCCAGACUAUUAAGUGCCGUACUUAAUGUGCUUGUAAUGUGCUAGAAACAGACCUUCCCGUGUGACUGCACAUCCUGUCCACAUGCUCUGACGUAAAGUAAUUUGUUCCCUGGCUGCAGUCAUGUACCGCAUUUGUUAUCUGAACCAUGAAUGGUAAUAUUGUCAUAAAGAACUAUAAGAGCAACACAACAACAUAGAUAACAUGUUCAACUUAUACAGUUGCAAAACAAGGCAUUUGGUGCUACAACAUCAUUACUUCUCUCUUUUCUGUUGACCUCUUUGGUACUCUCAACAUUUGCUAUAUGAAAGUUAUGUAUCUGUUGGAUGUUAAUUUUUCUGUUUCUUGCUGUAUUUAGUCACCGGCCAUUGAAGAUAUUGGAUCUGUCUACCUUAUAAUUUCCUAAAAUUCCAUUCCAGCAACAAUACAUGAAUAAAUAUGACCUUACAGUAUUAGAGUUAUUGGAUCUAAUUUGCCCUUUUAAAGAGCAUCAACAUUAUCAUGCAAAGACAAUGUCUUUUAUAAUGUUCAGGACAAAUUAAAAAUAUUGGUGUGCAUGGAGUCAAUGUUUACAUGUCAUAGAAUAGAUACUGUAAGUAACUGCUGAUGGACAGUAGGGACAUGUGGUCUGUUGGAUCAACAGUCCGUUUCUCUGUAUUAAUACGUUUUUUCCCCCCAUUUGCACAGCACAUGACCUCACCAUAUCACAGUCAUCGUCUUCACAUGCUCCAUCCAUGAAAUGAAAGAUUUUUUUUUCCAAUGGUAUACUACCAAUUUACAAAUCUUUAUUCCAUUCAAGUUUGAACUUUUUUCAUAAUCAUACCAUAAAAGACCCAAUUGAGCAGUUUGCUGAAAAUUCUGUGAAUAUCUUGAAAACUUGAUUUUGCAUAAAACAUAGGGAAAUAAAUGGAUGACAACAAACAUACAUCUACUUCUUCCUUUAGAGCCAUUUUAUAUGUGACUUGUGAUUGUUGCUUAGCAAAUGAGAACAAUGUUGAAUCAUUUGGAAUUCAGAGGGAAAUCUGUCUGGUCAUGUCCAAACUAAUCGUGUCAAAAAUAAUCAAAUCACUUGUUUACCUUGAUGGAACAGCCAUGGCUAAAUAAAAAAAAAAAUCCAGAAAUUAGAAUAAAUUUACAUUUACAGGAUGAUUAAGGAAAGGGACUGACUGAGGCUCAGAGGUUACGAAACACAGGUUGAGUAACAUUUAACAAACCGCUGACAGAUUUCUAGAGGUGGUAGGUCAGAGGUGAGACCUGUGCAUUUACUCAUUUCUGUUGGAUGAAGGAUUAAACAUAAACUCUGAGUGCAUGCGCUUGAAUGCUGUAGAGGGUGUACCCUUUUGUCUGUCUUGGUGUUUGUAAGUGUAUGAUAUUGUGUGUGUGUGUGUUAGUGUGAGUCAUGUUUCCCCUUUGGUAAGCAGGCCAUGAAUACUUUAGCAAGGAUAAUAAUAAACUCAAAGGAAGUUACAAAACCCAGAGAAAAGGUUAUGGUUCUGUCAAUGUUCCUCAACAAAGCUUAGAAUUUAGACAUCCAGAUAUUUUGGGCCCACUUUGGUUUUACGAGAAUCUAACAAGAGGUUUACGUCACAACACUCUAAUAAAGCGUUUGCAACGCAAGGGAACAAGCUACUGAAAUAGGUGAUGAAUGUAACAUGGGAAACAGAGAAAAACUGAAAUCAGAGCUGAGAAUAAACAGAAAAAAAGGCAUUUUUUGGUCAACACUGAACAGGCUGUUUUGCAUAUUGAUCCGAUCAACCGAAUAAUGGCGUGCAAUAAUUUUGAGUCUGACCAAGUCACGGACAAAAAAAAGGCAUCGUAUGAAAUGUUGAAAAGAAUUUGAGAUAAAAACAGGUGGUCCAGGCAAAAACUCGUGUGAGUGUUUUUUUUUUUUCCUGAGAAGCUUACGUGACUAUCGCUGUGCCUUUACUAGUCUCAUCUCAGACAGAACUCUUACUUAUGCCGCCCAAACACUUUUUACACUGAAUAACAACUACAUUACACGCUGAUGAAGAAAUGUCAAUGUGCAGGAGGACAGUGCCAAAUAUUGAGCUUUGCAAUUAGAAAGAAUGUACACUGUUUGAAUGAUUUAAUAUUGUUUCUACAAUCCACCUUCAGUGCUGUGUCGCUAAACUCCGGCUAUCCAAGUUGCUCUGGAAAAGCAGUAAUCAGUAUUUUACAUCUAUGUAAUGCACUUACGUUUACCCUCUGUAUCUCAUAGCAUGAACACACCUACAAUUGCUAUGUAUUAUUUUUAUGCGAGUCAAUAAGGCAGUCCAAGGUUUGUUAUGUGCUGUAUGUUAUUUUUUUGUCGUCAUCCUCCAUUUUUUUCACAUAUGAAAUGGUGAUGAGAGUUAGAUGUGGCUUUUACGCUCUUUCCUUAUGUUUCCAUAGACAAUGUCACUUGCUGAAUUGCCGCUGAGUGCAAAUCAUUUAACAAGUGUCAGUGAGAUCCAUGUAUCGUCUCAAUUGCAAAUUAUUGCUUUUAACUGUUUCUUGUUUUUUUUUGUUUAUUAAAAAAAAGAAAACGGAAAAAAAAAUACACAACACCCUUGCUUCGGUUCUUAAGGGAUAUUUGUUUGUUUUAGCUUCAGUAAACACAAACGGCCAUUCCCAUUUGCACAUGAAAUUAAUGAAGAUGUAUUUAUACAUUUAUGAUAAUUUAAUAGGGAUGCCAAAACUGACCACCGAAGCCUAGAACAUAUAAAUGGUAUUUAAUAGCAUUGAUGAGUUAAGAGUAUUAACAUCAUGUAGUUAGCAUUCUAGAGUUGUUUGUGAAGGAUUAUUUGUGGACAUUUAUUUUCUAUUUGUGUCAUGUCAUGUAUCAACACUUUUUUUUUCUUUUUUGGUCAUACAUAGCUAUGGCAUGCACUCUGCAAUAGAAUUUGGGUAUAAAAUGCACUCCUUUUGAUUGAAAAUGUUUGUCUGCUUAUACAAAAUCUACAGUACUUGAUUGUAUUGAUAUCACAUCAAUAAAGACUUUCUUAUA